AAAAAAAAUCUCAUAUUACACCAAAACUUCUGGAUCAAGUAGCGGGAUUCGCUUCUAGAAACUCCACGUUAUGCUUCUUCUUCCAUCAUCUCUUCUUUAGCUUUAACACAAAUAAAUGAGUCACAACAUUAAAGAAAAACACUUUCACUCAGUUAUUUACUGAAAUUGCCACUAUUUCCAUGUGCCCCAACCACUUCCUCCUAUAUAUACGGCUAAUUUACACAACUUGACAAAAAAACUCCAUUAAAGCAAAACCUCUCUCUCUCUCUCUCUCUCUCUCUCUCUUUCCUCUUCUUUCUCACGCUCUUUUCAUUUGUCAACUGUACAAUCCGAUUCCAAUGGAGCAAUACGACGAUUCUAGCGCUUACACGGCGUCGUUUUCACCUAGCUUCAGUACUUAUUCCGGCGAUCGAUUAGCGGAGAUCGCCGAGAGAGUUUGUUACAGAGAGAAAUCAGACGAAGAAUUCGAGUUUUCGUUGGCGGCGACGUCUUCUCCCGACGACGAUGGACUCGUUUUCCCUGUUUUUAACCAGAAUCUAAUCUCCGGCGAAACAUCUCCUCCGGAGGAGAAAGCCGUUAUAGUUCCUUUGAAGGAUCUCUUCCUCCGUGAACGCAACGAUCAACCACCGCAGCAAGAAACGUAUUCAUCCUCUUCCGACGAGGAUGAUGAUGAUGAUGACGAGUUCGACGAGAUUCCAAGCGAGAUCUAUUGUCCGUGGACACCGGCGAGAUCCACGGCGGAGAUGUCACCAAGCGGAGGAUGCAGAAAAAGCAAAUCUACAGGCUCUUCUUCUACAUCGUCAUGGUCAACGAAACGGUGGCGUUUGAGAGACCUUCUCAAGAGAAGUAGAAGCGAUGGUAAGCAGUCACUCAAAUUCUUGAAUCCAGUAGUAGAGGACGAAUCUACGAAGAAGGCUUCGAAGAAGAAGAAGGAGAAAGUAGUAACGGUGACGGUGGUAUCAGCACAUGAGAAGUUUUAUCUGAGGAAUAAAGCGAUGAAAGAAGAAGACAAGAGAAAAUCAUAUUUGCCGUACAAGCAAGAUCUUGUUGGACUUUUCUCUAACUUUAAUCAUCGUUACGGCAAAGCUUUCCCACCCUUCUGAUCCAUCAUUUACUUUGGAUCUUUACGGAGAUAUAAAAUUAGUGUUUUUUUCUUUUUUUCUUUUACAAUCAAGAAAAAAAAAGAAUACGAUUAUACACACACAUUCGUAUCUAAUAAAAUUAAAGGAAAUAUCUCAUAGUUUAUAUUAUAAAGAUGUAGAUUGGGUAAUUUUUUAAUAAACCACAUCUUAAAUUAUGUUUUGAUCAUGUUCAUUUAUCAUAUGUUGUUGUGUAUGUAUAUAUUUUUGUUCCUUUAUAAUUUGGGUGGAGGUUUUGAUGUAAAUUUAUAUAGUUGGAGAUAUUUUAUUUGAA